AUGCCGUUCUACAUCCAAACGCCGCCGCUCACGCCCGCCCAACACCUCUCGACGACCGGAUCCACGUCGACGGUGACCUCGCCGACGCAGAACAACCAGCACCUGCUCGCCGAGGACGAGGAGGAUCAGAUCGACGUCGUCGAUGAAGAGGAAGACGAAGAAGAAGAAGGAGAAGAAGUGCAGAAGCCGCUGAGACCCUCGUUCCGACCGCUUCUCGAGCUGCGCGGCGGCGGCGGCGGCGGAAUGCACAAGACGAGCAGCGAGUCGAAUCUCCGAAGGAUCGGCGCAUUCUCCGGUUCGUCCUCCGCCUACCUGCACACCCCGCACCCGAUCCGUCCGGCGUCGAAUCUGCCCGCCGGCGUCGAUCCCCUCCAGACCGUGCAGCAAUUCCUGCAGAUGCACCAGAAUCUGAUGACGUCGCCGUCGGUUCCCUCGUGUCUUUCGAAACUUUUAAUCGAGGUAAGCCAAAAUGAAAAACAGAAACAGAACGGUAAAUAACUCCUUGUUUUUCUGUGAUGUCCCUCCACAUCUUUCCCCGCCUCCUCUAGCCCUUUUUUGCGCUUUGAAUAUAUCCAAUUUGUCAAAUUUUCGGUGUUUGCACCUGUCUGAUGGCUGUCUGGCGCUCGCCCGAAUUUCGCCCCAAUCGGCUCCAAGUUCUUGUGCUCCGAUGACCGAGAACACCUCAAAAAGUUCUUUUUUUUUCCACUCCUUCCAAUCGCAUUUGCUUACUCUAUUUACCUUCCCCGCCCCCCUCUCAUUCCUCUUCUCCCCCACACGGGAUUACGGUAGUCGUGUGUGUGUGUGUGUGUGUGUUUCCUCUAUUUUCUUCUUCACAGACUGAAAUUUUUCGCUAUUUUGCUAUUUUGAAAACAUGAAAACAGAGGCGAGGCACGCGGAACACCACCCCUUACUCUCACUCUCUCACUCUUUUUCUCGUUCGUUCGCCUCAACAAAAAAAAAAGAAUAACAAAAUAAUAAAAACAACUCGUGAUCUCGCGCGCGACGAUCUGUGAGUUGGCCGUCUGGCCCACACACUUCUUCUUCUUCUUCUUCUUCUUCUUCUUCCCAGUUGCCACGUCAUCUUGACACGUGGAUUGAGCAAUCGGAAAGAGAAGGGAUUCGAAAGCCAUCCAGUACGUCCUUUUGUAUUUGAAAAAGUUGCCUUUCUUUUCAGAGGUCCACAGUAAGUGAAUCUUAAAAUAGCGGCGUCAGUGGUGUACUUUUUGAAUCUGAAAUCGUUGAAUCCACAAUAGUUUUAUAGAUUUGGACAGGAUGGGAGCUUCUUGAAACUGUACAUUCUCACUCGUUGCGUUGUCUUCUCUGGGACCCGGAAAUUUAGUCUCAAACUUUAGAGGACCGGUAUUUUGCUGACAUUCAGUACUUUUUUUUAUUAUAUAUUCCUUGAAUUAUUUAUGUUAUUUUGAGCCAAAGCUGGAGUAGAGUUUAUGAAACGGUAAUUUUAGUAUGAAAACUGUUUCACAAAUGUUAGUUAUUCUGGUGAACAUGCGAAAUAGCUGAUUUUGUAGAAAAGUUGCUUCUAAAUUCCUAUACUGUCGGUUUCAAACGACAACACUUCUUCAAAAUCCUAUACUACCGGUCCCAUACGAUCCUCGAAAUCGUUGACAUUUUGUGUGUCACCAAAAGACUCUGAUAACCCAAUCGGCCACACUUCCUUGUUGCUUGUUUUUUUCUGAAACAAACCAUCAACUAUCAUCAUCAGUUCCCCCCGCUCGCCCACUCCCGAAAAACAGAGAGAGAGAGAGAGACAAAUCCAAAAAAAAAAAAACAAGGUUAUUUGUGUUUAAUUUUGUGUCUGUUCGGGUCCCGGCGCGCGUGUUUAUGCCCCCCCCGCUUCCCAAAUAUUUCUCUUUUUUCCCUUCUCCUCCGGAAUCGCCUCUUGUUGUCCACGUCGAGCAGCAGUGGCAGCAGAGCACAACUCAUCUCCUCGUGUUCCUCCUAUUUUUUGUUAUUUUGUUUUCUUCGUCACGGCGGCCGCCCGUCUAUUUUUUCUUUUUCUCUCCGUCGCCGGCGUCGUCGUCGAAAACACCUUCCGAUGGCGACGACGACGACGACAACAAAACACCACAGCAGCAUCACAACACCAAAGGAUUCUGGCCGUCCGUCCGCUUCGGUUCCUUUUUUCGGGUUAUAACGCUACACUGCGACAACUAGAAAAGUCUACACCUCUUAUAAGCUCAUCGUGAAACUGAAAUGAACUAUAAUAGUUGUAAUAGGGGUUAACUUAACAGUAAAGGUCUAAGGAUCUACGGGUUUAAGGGUCAAUUCAAUCAGUACACAGCCUGACAGUUCUAGUCCCUAGACUCUGCUGAAAGUACGUCUAACUUGACUUGAACAUAAUGAAUUCAACGUAUUCAUUUUGAGUAUUGGGAAACUUCAAGAAAGUUGAAAACAAAAAACGUAUAAUCACUCUCUCUCUCUUCUUUCGCGCAGUCCAUAUCCCCAACUCGAAACUGUAAUCGCUUUUUCGUUUUCUCUCGUCCUACUGUACUUCAGACUGGUGCCAAAAUACCCACGUUGACCUGUAAACAACGUAUUUUGUUCCCUUCACAAUCGACUGUGUUGACACUCCGUCAAAACCAAAAUGAUUACGGAAGUUUAUAUUUUACGGGGGAGGGGGUGUAUGUCAUUUAAAGGAACUGUUUCAAAGAGUGCUCAUUUCCUUUUGAUAACUUACUGAAACACAAACAAUGCGAAUGCUUUCCGUAAAAAUUCUGGACUAUUCAACCGGAAACUGGCCCUGUAACAUCUCGAACCAGACCCCCUAGAAGCCCUAAAAAGCCAGAAAGUCCUACGAAAGGCUGGCCAAUUUUAUCAUAAACAAACAUGCGAACUCGACUAGCCAAACACUCUGGCAUGUAAACUAAACUGUAAACAAAACGUAAUUGGGUAACCGCUUUCGAUUGAAUUAGCUCAUUUUGUUGAGAACAAGCCUCUAUAUGUCUUCUUUGGAAUGUAAAAGGUUACUGUAACGGUAACUCUUCUUAGGACGGUUUUGAGAUUCAACAUAGUUUCUUCUCUAAUAGUUUUGACCUAAAUCGGUGCGGGGCCCAAUGCAGGACCAGGAAACUCUCUAGGUUGGUGUUCGGAUCCUGAAUUGGGACAUGUGUGAGAUCUUUGCGUCACGCGUCGCCAAACAUUCGGGUACCUGGUCCUUCAAGUCAGUUCGAUCUCAAAAAGAUUCCCUGUUUCAGUAACUCUUUCAGAACAAAACGAUUGCAGUCUCAUCAUUUGUCACCCUUCCAAGUAUGACCUGUCACUUUCCACCUCCCCCUCACUCUUCUCCUCCGCUUUCAUUUGUUUGUCUCAUCUUCUCCUCUUGCUCCUUCUGCCACCCGUCCCUUAUCGAUUUCUUCCCUCCCCAGUUCAUACCGUACUUGUGAUCUGCACUUCUUUUCCUUCUUCUUCUUCUUCUUCUUCUUCUUCUUUCUCGUCUGUCUGAUCAACGAUUCAACGCCCUUUAUCAUCGUAAAAGUCGAUCUGUAUGUAUGUGUGUGUGUGUGUCUGUUGUUGACUUGCACUUUCCCGUCGUGUCUCACUUGUCUGUCAUGAUUCGCUUUCGAUUUUACACCGUCUACCUAUAAUUUUAGAACUUUUAGAGGGACUUUUCGUGCCACACAAUCUUUGUGAGUAUUGGAAGAGAGUUAUGGUGCAUCAGAGUUGUCUAACUAGUUAUGCUCCAUAGCUCCUUCCAGAGAAAUGAUCCUUAAAAGUUGUCAAGAGAAAAAGUGACCGUCUAGAGAUGGACAGCACUCGGAUGAACCCGAAGUACUCUCAAAUCCUGUGAUUGUUUUGUUUACAAGACAUCCCCACUGAUCAGCUGAUUAACGAGUGCUGGCACGGUGCCAGGUGUCAUCACUUUCUGGGUCACCUGUUUUCUUUUCGUUUCUUCAGCCUACCUAUCUGUUUGUUGUUUUCCUCCCUCGUUUUGCUGUCAAUUCAAUUCACGUGUCCAUCUUCCUUCCUCUUCUUCUUCUUCUUCGUCUUCUUCUUCUUCUUCUUCUUUUUUAACGCCUUCAAAGGGUCAGCUGAUUUUGAUAAAGAUGACAAUAAUUAGACGAAGGACCUGCGAACGAAACAAACUUUUGACGUUUCCGUAUAUUUGUUCACACUUUUCCUCUUCUUCUUCUUCUUCUUCUUCUUCUUCUUCUUCUUGUUCGGCAAACAUGCGGAACAGGUGACCCAGUAUUCCUGACUGCUUUUCGCAAUCCUUUUUCCCGUACUUUUAGGACACCUUUUGUGAGAAUUCACCUUUUUGAGAUCAUCAAAAUCCUGAAGUGAGCAACUGAAUGUAGGCGUCUACUUAUUAACUUUAUGAAACUGUAAAGAUUGCUGAACCAACUGAAAUGUGGAAUAACGACUAGUUUUCUCCAUAUUUGACGAAAACCACACUUUACGGACCGAACUGAAGAAAUAGUGAAACUGAAACUGUCACCAUUUCCUGAAGUCUUGGGUUAGAAACGUAUCUUUAGGAUCCUACUGUAUGGUUAGCUCGAAACCGGCGAAUUUAGUGUCAUGUACUACAUUUUAUUUUCUGUAAAUGUUGUAACAUCUUUGGUAACCGCUUUUAUUGAUUUUCACUUUCUUUGAAAGCUUUAUGAAACUGUAAAGCCAAAAUUUGGCUCGAAACUGUUUUAAGCGUCUUUUUUCGAUCUUUCUGAAAAUGUGUGUGAAGAUUUUUUGUCGUCAAUUGAACUGUAAACCGAACCACCAAGAAAUCACAAAGUUGAAACUGUAGCCACUCCAUUUUGAAAUGUGUUCAAGCUUUCUCACAUUACCAUUGACAAAUUGAUCCUUAAAAGAACAUUUCGGUGAACUUUUACAGUCAGCUAAUAACAAUCGCAACUCAAGGCAAGAUUAGCAAGUUUCAAAUGAGCGCGUGAUAUAUGAGAAUGUUGAAACUGUAGCCAAGUGUUUCCGAAUAGUCUUCCAAACUGUAACUCCUCUAAUUUGCACUUGUCUUAGCAAUAAUCUCAAUCAUCACCUUCAAAACAGAAGCUCGAACCAAAAUGAGCUUUCCAAAUCCGUAAAAAACCCAACGUGCUCCAUCACUUUUUCACCAUUUUUCGUGAUGAUCUUGAAAAAGUCACACUCCGCUCGGUGCCGCCGCGUCCGUCGCUCGUCUCUUGUCACACUCCGUCGAUCCUCUCAGAUCCGUCACAACAUGACUCCUAGCAUUCCUGUUUCUUUCGUCUCUAGGUCACAUAUGUAUUCUCAUUCCUUUCCUUUCCUUUCCUCAUCUUUUUUGGUCGUUGCAACUUUUUGUCUCGACAAGGUGCCCGAGAAAACGGCGGCUCUGUCCGUUUCUCGUGUAAACACUUAGUACACGCCAGCCCAUUUCGUUCUUUUCGCCAUUUGUCACCUCCGCCAUGGUGCCAUGGUACCUAGGUCACUUUCGCAAAUGUUUCGAAAUGUGUCAGUCUGCACUUUUGCCCGAGACGUCAGUGGAAUGGGGGGCUGACAGCUGUUGCCACGUCACCGGGGACCCGGCACUUGUUGUCUUUUCCGCCUCUUGUUUGUCUCCUCGCUCUGGGCGUUGUUGACAAGAAAGAAAAGAAGAUCCCAUCCGAGAAUGUCGGCGUCUCCGGGUUCAGCGUGCUCUCUCGUCCACGCGCAUCGCAAUGACCUUUGUGGAGGAGUAAACAAGCAAAGCAGCAAAAAGAUGGAGGCAGAAUGAGAGCGCCUCGUUCGUCCAUUUUUUUUUCCCUCAUCCUCACCUCACCGCGCGUUUUCCAGGUACCAUUUGUUUUUUUUGUGAUUUGGCACCUGUAUCUUUUCUCUCGCCCACCCGAUGAGAAGCAAAAGAAGAAAAAUGACUCCAAAACCAAAAGCGACACGAGCUGACAGUUUUGUAAAGCAGUAAAAUUUUGUGAAAUUUUUCGGCAAAACGUGAACGAGUACAGUACCAGUGAUCCGAGUAGCCUCCCCAAACUAUGACAACGCGUUGAUGUUUGUUGAUGAGGAUUGUUUCUUCUUCCUCCCGCCCGCUUCCUCACGCGACGUUUGACGCAAAAGCCUCUCUCUUCAUCAUCAUCAUCGAAUAUCCACCCUCUCCGGCUCUUAUCGGAUUAUCAUUUAAUUGUCACAAUUGACUAAUCCGCGCAUAUUUUGUGCCCCACACAAACAAUCACACACCCCGAAAGUUUUGGCUAUCAAAACAACAGUCGUCAAUGGGGCGGAAGACACGUGUCUCUCUCUCGAUGCUGAUGAUGAUGAUGAUGCGACGAUUUGAAAGAGAUUAGAAAGCUUUUCAAUUAGUUGUGUGCUUCCGAGUUUCAGAAUUCACAGAUUUGAGGUUUGAGACUCGAGAAGGAUUACUCUCUGAAAGUUGACGAUUCGGCGUGUGAUUGGCGGAUUAUGCACUCGCCGGGAGGUCCUCCGGAUUACUUUUCGCUUACUGAAUGCAAUUUUGGAAGGAUUUUUAGAGAGAGAGAGAGAGAGAGAGAUUGACAUUUUCAUUUUGUAGUUUUUAUCGGUUUCGGAUUAGGUCGGUCGCAACGCCCGGUAGAGCGCUUAUGUGUUCACACUAGAAGCGGGAGCGGAUAAGUGUGCCGGUGGCCUAGUGGUUACCAUUUUUGCAUAUCAUUUCAAUCGAGCGACAAAAGUUCGAACCUCCCACCGACUCUAUUAUCAGUAUUCUCCCAUUUUCCCAUCAAAAGUGCAAACCAAACAACCCGUCCAAUUGUCACCUCCUCUCCGUUGUUCGCCUAGAAAGAUAGACAGACAUAUGUGCUAAUUACCGCGUUCAAGAUGUGGUCGUACCGGUUCACUUACCAGUUUCUCAGUGUGUGUGUCUGUGAGUGAUUAAUAAUAUUGUUGUUUUUGUUUAUGCUUCCCCUUCUUCUUCUUCUUCUUCUUCUUCUUCUCGGCGUUCAUCUUGUUUUCCGACUGCUUCUGCUUCUUCUUCUUCUUCGUUUUCCGCGAAACCCCGCCCACACACAGACACACACACUUGCUUCUUGUUUGUGUUUUCUCCCUAGUUUUUCAUAUUUUUCAUUGCCAAAGUUAGCUUCGAACGGAUUCGGCUCAUGGCCGGUUCGGUCGAAAAGCAUAAUUUUCAUUGGAGCGGAAAGUCUAGUUCAUUUCCGAUUUUGACGUCUUCUUUGUGUCCUUUUUCAUGAUGAGACAUCAAUAUUCUUAGAAUAUUGGGACGGGUCAUGGUCUGAUAGCCACUGCAUUGCACUUUUCGAGAGAUGAGCUCAAAGAUUGAUUACUGUAGAAAGAGUGAUCUUUGAAAGAAAACCAUAAGGAACACAUAUACCAACGUACACAAGGUCACCAGCCAGUUUAGUGUUUUUGCACUCUUCACAAGUACACCUUCUCUCAGUCUGUCUGCCCGGGUUCAGCAUGAUCAUCAUCGCUAUUCCGAUGCGACAGAAGGUGCGGACAGGAAACAAAACAGUGUGUGUGUAUUUAGAAAAGAGGCUGUGAGAGUUGUGGGUUGGCUGCUGCAUCCUUCGGAAAGUGUGUGUGCACUAGAGUACAGACCGCCCCUCGCCUCCUCCUUCUCCUCCUCCUCCCCCCGUCAUCGCCCCUCGGUUUCCGUACGAAACGUAGAGAGUGCGCAGGGAAACAUUCGGAAGCCCACGGGUCUUUGUUUUCUUUUUUGUUGUCUUGUUGUUUUGUUGUCUUGUGAGAAGGAUGAUAAUCGCAUUUUGUCGGUUUUUCUUCCUUUCUCUAAAGAUCCCAGGAUCUUCGUUUCUUGUACUGUUUGGAAGGUCGACCACAACUUCUGACUAGCCAAACAUGGUGACGUAUGCAACUGUUAGUUGCAUAUAUAUCCUCCCAGUCGACCUCUCUCGAGAUCUCCCUCCCUUAGAAAUAGUGUUCGAAUCGAGGAGACCUAGUCUCUAACCAACACCGGUGUUGACAAACAAAAGGGCGACACACAUAGACAAGAGAGAAGAGACCCAGACAUAGACAGAGAGAGAGAGAGAGAGAGAGAGAGAGAGAGACGGACCAUUGGCCUUUUCGGUUUCCGUCGACACUCGGGAGCACACGUGUUUUGAUUAUCUUAAAUACAUGUUUUGUGUUUCGUGGCCACCAUCACCCACCAAUCCGCUCCUAAUUCGUUUGCACUUUUCCUUUCGCUUCACCCCAAUCUCGUGAAUCGACUGAUCCCUCUGGUUGCUUACAGGAAGAUCGCUCGGGCUCUUCGACGAACCACCACGUCGUCGCGCCGCCGAUGAUCACCUCCGAAUCGCUGCCACGACCGACUCAAGCGCCACCCAUCUCAGCGAACGCCAGUCUUGCUCUCGACGCAGCGCCGAUCAACGAUAGCCUUCUGUUGCUGGCACUUCAGGAGCGACUUGUGAGUCUUUCUUUCUUUUGAGAUCAUGGGACCCCAAGGGGAGAGGCGGAGCUUUGGAGCUCUUAAUCCCGACGAGGCAGCUUAUUCAUUCAUAGUUCUAGUCAUAAUGAACUUUCUUCAGCUUCAGAUGCGACCCCAACACCCGACGCUCACGCAGUCAGCCACGACGCCCUCGCUCUCGCAUCUGGCCACCUCCACCUCGUCUGCCUCUAUGUCGCUCGGCUCUUCGGACGCGAACCGUCUCCUCCAGCAAAUGUUCCUCAGCUCGUCGAUCAACCCGAUGCUUCUUCCGCAGCUCCCCGCAGCGCUCGACCUUACCUCGAUCAGCCUGCCGCUGCACACGACGAUCCCGACGCAGAUCAGCACUCCGCAACACGCGCUCUGGCAGCACAGUAUGUGUGCGUGGCCGAACUGUGACCAGCCCUGUGACUCGGUCCACGCUCUGAUUGUUCACCUGCAACAAGAGCAUCCGCCCUGCGACAGGUACCACCGUCCUUCUUUGAGCGCUCAUUCCAUCGAAAACGUUUCAGAACGAACGAGGAGAUGCGGGCGCAGAUCGAGAAAGUGGAGAGUUUGGAGCACAAAUUGAGUGUGGAACGGAAUCGACUUCAGGGCAUGAUGCAGCACUUGCGGAUGAAGCCCUCGCCGGACACGACGACCCCGAACAUUGGGAAGAUCGAGCCGGCGAGUCCGAUGAAAUCACCAAAGAUCGAAGCGGCCGCCUUCUCGAUGCCCCAACAAGUACAACAACAUCAGCCGGCCAAUCAUGUCUCACCGGUAAGGCUCUCCUAUUUGCUCAAGUCUGUCUGGCUGUCAUGCCAAAGUCAUUGGAAAGGAUUGCAUUACGCAACCUCCCCUCUGCCUAUUUUUCCGUACUAGAGGGAAGUGUGUACUAGGAGACGGCGAGCGACAGGCAAUGUUUGUCUAUUUACAGAGUAUUUGUCGAAAUACGCUCUGUGUGUGUGUGUUUGUUUACAUGUCGAAUCGAUAGUGCAGCAGAUGGAACAUAGCGCGUGUUGGCAAAAGAGAGCGCUUAAGUGGAAUUGGAAGAGCUUCUAGAUGUGCUUGCUUAAAGUUUAUGUCUGAAAAAAGAACAGAUCAAACAUUAAACUUCUAACUAUUAGUGCACAUCUCUCUCUCUCUCUCUUGUUUGUUUGUUUGUCUGCGAGUGCCAUGUGAUAUGCGAUUGAAAAGAAAAGAGAAAGAAAUUUGUGUGUGUGUGUGUGUAUGUUUAUUUUGUGGUCACACACACACACACACGCAAAUACACCCCACGGAUCGUGGCUCCGCCGCCGCCGCUGCUUCUAUUUUGUGUUGAUGAUAAACAAUUUUCGACGCGGCGCGCAUCUUCUUCUUCUUCUUCCUCUUGCUCUUUUUCCCGCACAACACUUUGCAACUGUUGGGCGAGCAGCAGCAAACUAACGGAGAGAAAGAGCAAAUUGAGGGAUCGAAAUAGUGCAAUUGGAGCGCGAAAACAUGAGAAAGAAAAUGCUCAAGAGAAAAAGAGAAUCGACGAAAAAUACCAUUGUGAACUCUUCUCAUAAUUGUGAAACCGAAAAAUGCGCUUAUGUCAAUUUUCGAUAGAAACCAUGCGAAAAUGUGUCUUCUUUGCCAUUUUUGAACAAUACACGUGGAAAAACGACGCGCAUUUUCGAUGAAAUUUCAGCCAAAACAAGUGAAAAACGCUUCAUGUGUACUUCAUUAUUAUCUAUCCGUUGAUCGGUGAGAUGUCAUCGCGCGAUGAGUCAUUCUGAACCAGACUGGCCGGGGAAAUGAGAAGCGAAAAGCGAAAAGCGAAAACGAACAAUAACAACAACAACAACAACCAGUUAGUUGAUGGUGUUGUUGUUGUUGUUAUUGUCGUGUUCCCGUGCCCGCGCACCCUCUCUCUCUCUCUCUCUCUCACUCUCUCUCACUUCCUCCCUCAUCUCUGAUCCCUUCUUCUGAGAGGAGAAAACUGGGCGAAGUCAGUUGACACCCCACCCCAGCAGUGUACCGUGUUUAGGAAAAACAUGGAUGAAGCAGCAUCUUGUUUAUGCUGUUGUGUCUCUUUCAUGAGAUGGCAUAAGGGACCUUUUUUUCAGACGUCCGAAGCGGCCUCCUCCCUGCUGAGCAUCGCCGCCACCGUCGCCGCCUCGACCGCCGCGCCCGCAUCCAUCAGCCACAUCUCGACGGUGCCGUCGGUCAGCUCGAUGCCCUCGUUCGUCAACCAUCAGCUCGUCACUCCGUCGGCCCAGCAGGCCAGCGGUUCCGCGGGACCGGCUCUUCAACGGGCCGCCAGCUCUGCCUCCACGGAAACGUCGCCGAAUCCGGACUCGAAGUCGUUUGUGCCUAGAAGGAGUCGGAUAUCGGACAAGACGGUACAACCGAUCGCCACCGAUAUUGCCAAGAAUAGGUGAGGAAACAACUCUUUGCAAAAGUUAAAUUUCCCAAGUUUUUGAAACAGACAGUCUAGACGAUUUAUCUCAGUUGAAUGUAGAGAUAUCAAAAAUUUGUCAACUGACAAAAUGUACACCAUGUCUUGAUGAGCAUUUUAUCAGUUGACUACUUUUACAUAUCCCCAACGGCAGAUGAGAUACAUCGUUUUGAAAGGACGGUAUCUUAAGAACAGCAGCAGUACGAGCGCAAAUUUUCUUGAAACUGACUUUUCUCCUUCCAGAGACUUUUACCGAGCGAACGACGUGCGGCCUCCCUACACGUACGCAUCUCUGAUUCGUCAAGCCAUCAUGGAGUCGCCGGAUUGUCAGCUAACUCUCAACGAGAUCUACACGUGGUUCACCGACACUUUUGCCUACUUUCGAAGGAAUGCUGCCACGUGGAAGGUAGGCUCUCCUCACGUUUUUUUUUGUUCGGUUUUCCCUCGCUUUCGAAUCACAUUACUCGCUGCCCCCUCCCCCGAGGUCAUAUGAUCGUGUGCCUCUGCGGGCGCGACGAAAGUGCGAAAGUGCAUGCAACAAAACAGCGACCCGGGCCUGAAUGCAUCAGCUGAGUGUUCGACCAUGGGGGCAAGCACAAGGGAUUGGCAGAGAGAGAGAGAGGCGCAAAAGUGCAAAGACAUCAUCAAGUGACACACAGGCGUGUGCACAGACAGACACCGCGCCGGGCAGACACAAAAAACGUAAACGAAGGGAGAAGGGGCACGAAAAAUGGAUGAAUGGAUGAAUGAGAGAUGGGAGAAGGAGAUGCGAGGUUUGGGGGGCAAAUUGACUUUUGGAAGAUUGUUACAACACGGUGUGAUAUGCAAUCUUAGGUCUGUUUGGCUGAAUCACGGUCUCCAGAGCUGACAAUAUGGGCGUGGCCUCGGCGGCCAAAUGGCUUUUUCAUGAAUUGAGCAGGUUUUCUCUGAUUUUUGUGGUCAAAGGCGAUGAAAAAUGAUUGUUCGACAUGAAAACACACUAAUUCUCAGAAUUAUAGACGUUUUGGCGCAUUUUUCGCGGAUUUCGCUUUUACGCCUUCGCCGCCGAUAGCCGCCGAUCGCCACUUAAAAACCGCACUUCUCAUUUUGCGCUUUCUUGACCGUUUUCAGACAGAAUUGGUUUUGAGAAUGAUAAAUCACGUAAAUACAAGCAUUUUGAGCGCUCGAACCGCGAAAACUACCGAAAAGCAACUGAAAUUCACGCAGUUUUAGCCAAAAACCUUCAAACUUGACCAAAUUUGACGCUCUUGCGCUUAAAAAAUUCGUAAUAGCCUAUACAAUCGGUCUAUCGAGAGACAAAUGAGAAAUUAUCGGUUUUUCGUGGCUAAUCUGGCAAAAAACACAAAUUUUGCUGCUAAAAUUUGAAUUUCGCGCCAAUGUAUCGCUCUAUUGGGCGGGGCGCUCUUGUGCCCAUUGUCAGCUCUGGAGACCGUGGCGCUGAAGGUUUAAGAAAGAAGCAAAAAUGAUUUCCAUUUGAUUGGAUUCGAUCCGACCUUGGUCAGUUUGAAAAAAAUUCCGAAAGACAACCACUCGACGAAGGCUCGAAGAGCAGGCAUUGUUCUAGAGAGUAUAUCUCAGUUGUCUGUAGAGAUAUCAAGCAGUUGUCAACUAACAAAUUGCUUAUUAAAACAUGAAGAACAUUUUGUCAGUUGACGACUUUUUGAUAUAUCUACAGACAAUUGAGAUAAAUCGACUUAAAUGCUUUCCAUUUGCAGAACGCCGUCCGCCACAAUCUCUCGCUCCACAAAUGCUUCCAACGCGUCGAGCAGAACGUGAAAGGAGCCGUUUGGACGGUGGACGACUCGGAAUUCUACCGAAGGCGACCGAAUCGAACGUCGGCGACGAGGAGCCAGCCGCAGACGCCGUUGCCGGAAGAUGUGAGUCCCGUUUCUGUCGAGAAUGCUUGUCUUGUCGGUUGAAUGUUGCUUUUUAGAGUUCGCUUUAGUAGUGUCCUAUAGCCUAUAUGUUAUUGCUGAAACGGCGAACUUUGAAUUGACAUCAACACCUCGCAACAUGCUCAUUCUCUCUCUCUCUCUCUCUCUCUCUCUCUUUUUUUCAUUUCUUGAUCCCUCCCCGGAGCAUCCCAAGUCAAUUCAGAUUUCGCCACAAAAAUACUAUGAUCCGAGUGCUCUGAGCUCAUUUUUGGAAAUGCAGAACUUCGACCCGGCGUCGCUGUCCGGCGAGCAAUUCCAGCUGAACGGAGGAUUGGACAGUGUGCUCUCGCUGCUCGGUAAGCACUGCAACAUUUCGGGGAACGUGAUUCUCGGCUGCUUGUAGCCAAUGCCGACGGCAACAAUCCAUUACAAAUGCUUUCUGCUUCAGCUGCCGCCGCCGGAAACGGUAACAACGGAUCGGGAAUGAGCGGAGGAGGAGGAGGAGGAGGAGCUGGAGGAGGAGGAGCUGGAGGAAUCAUCGAGGGACAGAUGAUGAUCAAGGAGGAACUCAUGGAUGUGGGCGAGCAGCACAACGGACACACUCUCAAAGGUGAGCGAAAUCUGCUGUGUUGAAAAUUGUCAACUUCAGGAGUUAUCCUAUAGCUUUGCAAAGUUUGUUUUGUACAUUUUUGGCAUCUAGAACUUUAGUGGACAACUUUUUUGUACAACCAUUGUGAAGACAAUUGUAGCGCUUGGAAGUUACGUAAUUUUGAUGAGCUACUGUAGUCUUAGGAGUGUUGGCACAGAAAAGUUGUCAAUUGACUAUGAAAUUCACUCGAAGUUGAUCAAAGUUUCUACAGAGAACCCCUGGGUCACCAAGUUUGUGCCUCGUGCGCCUAACACCGCUCAUUCGAGACGAUAUAUCUGAGUUGUCGGUAGAGAUGUCAAAAAGUUUGCAACUAAUGCAUUGCUUAUUAACACUUUGUGUACAUUUUGUCACUUGACCACUUUUCGAUAUCUCUACCGGCAAAUGAGAUACAUCGUUUUGAACGCAUUGUGCCUCUAGGCCAGCACUGUCGACCUGCCAACCAUCCCUUUGUUUCAGAAAUCACCCAAAACCAAAACUGAACCAAUUUCAGUGGACAGUGCACAACUGAAAUCCGCGGCGACACAUCAGCGUCCGGCAUCGGCGAAUCCGUCCAUGAGCACCUAG